UUUCCACGUGACAUGAGCAGCUCGCUGUGGAAGUCGGCGGAUGCGGCAGAAUGGCGGGCGAUGUACGAUACAUACGAUAACGUGCGUGAGUCCCUCGAGGACAAACUCGAGGCGCUGGAAAAGUGGUUCCACGCGGAAUUGCCACUGCUGGUACGAGCGCAAGGAUACAUCACGCAAUCCCAACUGUCCAAGUUGAUGCAAUGGAAGCUCUCCAAGGGGAAAUGGCGGCCGCGACUCCAAAGUUUUGUGGAUGCGCUGACCGACAAACAAGUGCAAGACCUGUCGACGAAAGCAUUCGUCGCAUGUACGAAAAAGUCGUAUCGCGAGGCUACUGCGGUCCUGUCCGAGCUCAAGGGCGUCGGUCCCGCCACGGCUUCCGCAGUUCUCGCCGCCUUCGAUCCAGCUGUUCCGUUCAUGGGAGACGAAGCUCUCAACGCAUUGACCAGCGAGAUUGGUGCACGUCAGUACACGUUGCCCCAUUUCGUGCGCUUUCUCGACACCGUUCAAGCCAAAGCGAGCGCGUUGAACGAAUCGAUCACCGACGACGGCGGCCACGUUUGGACAGCGCAACAAGUGCAGCUCUGUCUCUGGCUCGAACAAGCCGCCCAAUCCUCUCGUUCAACGACACCCAAAGCCAAGCCUCCAACGAAGAAGCGCCCAAAACGAUCUGCAUCCUCCGAAUUGCAGCUACCAGCCAACAAACGCACGACCCGUCGAUCGUCCACGCGCUAAAUAUAGUCGUGUUAAAGCCCAGUCUCGUCACUCAACCCUUGCGGUGGCCCAGCGUACGAAAACCCUGAAAACCCGCGAUACUGGCUGCCGUGGCUGCUCCAGUCGGACGACGGGUGGUGCUGGCUGGUCACGACGAACGAGUUGGGAUCCAUGGUCGAGUCUUCGUGGCUGUGCUUGAUGGGAUGAGGGUGCUGAGGAUGAUGGGGAUGGUGGGGAUCGUUGAAUGAUGACGCGUCCGACGUCGAGCACGCGCUGGAAUGCGCGCCAGAAAACUUUUCGCUCGUGUACUGCGACCCAAAGUUGCUCACGUCAAAGUCGUUCUCGAUUGGUGGGACAAACUCCAUUGCGUACCCUUUGGCCGCCACCUACACCACAUAUUGUACCCGAUUUCAAUCCCCCAUCUCACUAUAUAUAUACCAAUCCAUAUAGACAAGCAUUCAUUGAUUUAUAGUAUUUAUAUAAUCCUUCAUCUAUAUAUAUAAGCCCAUCAAAUAAACAA